UUGGCUGUGAGAGAGAGGGGGGAAAAAUGGUGGAGGGACGGGUUCCUGCAAUAGACAUUCAGGAUUUUCCAGGGCAAUAUCAGAAGCUGAGAGAGGCAUGUGAGGUUUGGGGUUGCUUCAGGAUAGUAAACCACAAGAUUCCACUGGAGCUGAUGUCAGAGAUGAAGGCAGUAGUGAGGUCUUUGCUUGAUCUUCCCUCUGAUAUCAAGAAGAGGAACUCAGACGUGAUAACGGGAAGUGGGUACAUGGCACCCAGUGAGAAGAAUCCUCUGUAUGAGGCUCUGGGACUCUAUGACAUGGGCUCACCUCAAGCUGUCCAAGCGUUUUGUUCUCAAUUGGAUGCAUCCCCUCACCAGAGAGAAAUAAUAGAGAAGUAUGCCCAAGCAAUACAUGAACUCAUCAUGGACAUCGGGGCAAAGCUGGCUGGAAGCAUGGAACUAGACAGUAAAUUGUUCAUGGAAUGGCCCUGCCAGUUCAGGAUCAACAAAUACAAUUUCACUCCUGAAACUAUUGGGUCUUCAGGGGUCCAAAUACACACCGACUCCGGAUUCCUGACCAUUCUUCAAGAUGACGAGAACGUUGGUGGUCUCGAAGUGAUGGACUCAUCCGGCGCGUUCAUUCCAGUUGAUCCCUGGACUGGUACAUUCCUCGUCAAUCUAGGAGAUAUGGCAAAGAUAUGGAGCAAUGGAAGGUGGUGCAACGUAAGGCACCGAGUUCAGUGCAAAGAAGCGACGAUCCGAGUGUCAAUUGCUACUUUUCUUCUGGGACCGAGGGAGGAAGUUGUUGAACCACCUCGAGAAUUUGUGGACUCCGAGCACCCGCUUCUCUUUGCUCCUAUUACUUAUGAGGAUUUCAGGAAACUAAGGUUCUCCAAGAAACUUCAGGCAGGUGAAGCUCUUGCGCUUGUGCGUGCUCUAUCCUGAGCAGAUGUGCCGGAGCUGCUGAAAGUUUACGGUGAAAUGAUGCCAUGUCAAUAAAUUGCAAAGGUCCCCACUGAUAAGAAGGAAUUCAUGUCAAUGAAUGCUAUCAGCUUCACCAUUCUUGAGGAACAUUUCUAAUUGAAGGCAAUCUUAACUUCACCUGUAGCCUUUUACUUGCAUACGCAACAUUAUGCCAAUCGAAAAGUAGAAUGACAAGUUGCUUUGCUCUCAGAUA